GCCUCGGCCGCCGCCGCCGCCGCUCCCAGCUCCUCUCUGAUCCAUGGCUGUCUGUCUGUACUUGUUACAGUGUAACCUCCUCCUCCUCAUGAGCGGCAGCAACUUCCCCCUCAGCCAGCCUCCUCCUCUGCUCGGGGACUGCAAAGGGAUGGGAUAGAGCAAAAGCGUCUCCUCGCUGCCUCCCUGCCAGCCCGGGCUUUCCAUUAAAGUCUGGUCCUUGUUCCUUUCUCAGCCUUUUUUUUUUCUUUAAAGAGAGUCACUGACCCAACGCUUAUUCUUAUUUUUUUUCAUUCCAUUAUUAUUUUAUUGCCCUCCCUACCACCUCCAGGGGUGGUGGUGGUGGUUGGUGGGUUUAUUUUGGGGAAGGGGUUACUCUUUUCCCUUCUCACCCAUCCACCUUCUCAUCCCUUCACCUCUCAGUCUAUUUCUCCCUUGGACUUUAUUUUCUUCCUCCCCUCCCUUCUCCACUAAGUACCUUUCCCUUCCCAAACUCCCAAUCAUCUACUCCACUGACGCACCGACACCCCCCACCGCACACAUCCACCCCCUCCAGCCAGCCAGACACCCUCCCUUCCCUCCCUCCCAGUGUUGGAGCUAGACUGUGAGUAGAGUUCUUCAGAGAGAAGGAUAUAUGUUGGGUAAAGGAGGAAAACGCAAGUUUGAUGAGCAUGAAGAUGGGCUGGAAGGCAAAGUUGUGUCUCCUACUGAUGGUCCAUCUAAGGUGUCCUACACCUUACAGCGCCAGACUAUCUUCAACAUUUCCCUUAUGAAACUCUAUAACCACAGGCCACUGACAGAGCCGAGCCUGCAGAAGACAGUUUUAAUUAACAACAUGUUGAGGCGGAUUCAGGAGGAACUCAAACAGGAAGGCAGCUUGAGACCUGUGUUCAUCACCACUUCUCAGCCAGCUGACACGCUGGGGGACGAUUACCGGGAGGCCCAGCCUGCUUUUAGCCAUCUCCCCUCCUCCCCGGCCCACCCUGCCGACUUAGUAAACACUACAUCGUUAGAGUCUUGCCUCACCCCAGCCUCUCUGCUGGAGGAUGAUACUUUUUGCACUUCUCAGGCCGUCCAACCCAACGGUCCUACGAAACUACCACCUCCAACCGUCCAACCAGAAAAGGACAGCUUCUCCUCAGCCUUGGACGAAAUUGAGGAGCUUUGUCCAACACCUACCUCCACUGAGGCAGUAGCAACAGCAGUAGCAACAACUGACAGCUCUAAAGAAGACUCCAGUGUGUCUCAUGUUCAGAAACCCGAGGGACUCCAAGAGAACCGAACAACCGACUCAAAACUUAUGGACUCUCUACCUGGAAACUUUGAGAUCACAACUUCCACGGGUUUUCUGACAGACUUGACCUUGGAUGACAUUCUGUUUGCUGAUAUAGACACAUCAAUGUAUGACUUUGACCCCUGCACUUCUGCUACAGGGGCAGCCUCCAAAAUGGCUCCUGUCUCUGCAGAUGACCUCCUUAAGACUUUAGCUCCCUAUAGCAGUCAGCCAGUUGCCCCAAAUCAGCCUUUCAAAAUGGACCUGACAGAACUGGAUCACAUAAUGGAGGUGCUUGUUGGGUCGUAAAACCUAUAAAAAACUAGAGACUUUUUUUCUGUACCAGUAUAUACACACUUGGUAGUAUUUUCACAACCCUACAGAUUCACAGCACUGUGCAUGCAUCGUCCUUGCUUGCCUUUUCCAGAAAAAAAAAAAAAAGGAUCACACUAGUACUUUUUGCCUCAAGCAGAGUUGGAGUGCCUUCAUCCAUGUAUGACCACUUUUAAUGUGUUUUUAAGUGGUUCCUCAAAGAAGACCUAAUAUCCUGGUAUAGAAAAGAAUACAUAUUGAAGACAAUAUUACUACAUUGUUACUACAAAAAAAAAAAGUGAAGCACAAGGAUUAAGUUGGGGAAAGCUGUAAAUUGCAUGUGCAUAUUUGUCUAUUUUUUCUAUAAGUUUUAUUGCAAGAGGUAAAAAAUUUAUUAUUUAGAUAAUCUCAGUAUCUUUUUUGGCAUUUUAGCCCUGUGUAGGUUGACUUAGCAAUUCAGCCUUUUGGAGGCAUUAACUACUCCUCUUAAGUGUUGCAUUUACAUGGCUGUUUAGAAACUGCUGCCCAAAUUUAUUUUAUAUUUUUGUACAGAUUCUGCAGUUUAUGAUAUUGUUUUUCUAAAAACAAAUGCUGUUUAUACACACAAAAUAGCUAUUUUGAUAGGAUUUGCUCACAUAGUUCCUGCAUACUUCAAAUGUACAAGAUGCGCUUGUACUUUUAUACAGAGUUGUAAUGUUUUAUAUGUGUAUGGUGCAAAGAGAAAAUCAGAUCAAAUUAAUCUGCAGUUGAUAUCCCUAAAUGCAAACACACAGUGCUUUAAGAAAGGGCCAGGAGAUAUUUCACCCAAGUUUCACAAGUACCAACUCCCCGGUAUAAAAACACCUGUGUACUACUGUGAUUUCUAAACCUAGAGCCAUGUCUACUCAUAAAACUUGUAUUAAGCAGUUGGCAGGAAAUAGCUGUGAAACUUGGGUUCUAAGUGAUAGUUCUCCGUAGCUUUCUCUUUUGAGAGGAAGGCUACUGAAAACUUAGCCUUCAAGUAUGUAUGCCAAGUUACUGUUUUUGAUUUUUUUUAAAAAUCGAACCCAAAUGUUUCAUUUUAACAUCAUUUUCUCUGUGACUUGAACUUAAUUAGCUUUCUAGAAAAUCAUUACAUCUGAACUGAAUCUUAUUAAAUAUCAAUCAUUUUUUGGAAUGAAAAUACCUAUUAAGAGUAAGUUUAUUUUGUUUUUAAAUUGCAUCUUAAAAAGGCAUACAUCAUUUAUUUGAAUCAUCUUAGACCAUUCUUCUUCCUCUCUUCUCCCCCCUUCCUUGGAGCAUUUGUUCACUCUGUUGAUAAGUGCUGAAAAUGGCAUCUUCAGUAUUACUGCAGUGAAGCUCAUCUCUUAUCUGCACUGGAUGGACUCGAACUUUAAUAUCCAUUGCUGUGGAAACUGGAGUUAGUCACAUUACAUCACUUGGCAUCUCCAGCGUGGUUGGUUUCUCUGAUCAACUGCGUUAACCGCUUUACACUUUAUAGGCCUGUUGUACCAGAAUAUACAAACACAGCUUUCUAUGCAUGUUUCUUCUCUCCUUCCCAUAACACCUGAGAAGUCUUCGUUACUGCACCAAUAGCGUUUUUAUUCAUUGUGGUGUACAUUUAAUUUAAAACUGUUUGCAAUGUAUCAUGCCUGUUGCUGAAAUAGUUUAUGGCAUUUUAGGGCUCCCCGCCCCCCUUCCCCCUGCCAUGGUACUUUAGCUGUUGCGUGCAAGUUGCAACCUAUAUUGUUGAAAUGCAUAUGGCUUCUUUAGGAAUAACUUUUAUAUUUAUUUAAGAAAAUUUAAAUUAUGGGGUUUUUUGUUUUGUUUUGUCAUUUGACAAUAUUCAGUCAUCAGUUCUGCUCGCUUCUUGCCAUGGAUGAAAUUGGGUAUUUUCUGUCUAUUAAAAGGGUAACUUUGUAAAAUGGCACUUUAACCAGGCCAUAGAUAGUCUACAUAGUAAUAUAAUGCACAUGAUGAAGCAGAUAAAUCACUCACAUAAGUAAAAAAGGUUCAUGUGUAAAAUCCUUCUGGACCCUAGUUUACUUUCAUCCCCUUUGAGUUUUGUUUCAAAAGAUUUAUCAAUUCAGUGAAGCAGCAAGAAACUAAUAGAAUUGUAGUUCCCUUACAAGCUACCUUAACACCCAUAACUUUUUUGAUACUGCAGACAGAUUAGGCAUUAUCUCUUGGUAGGAUUAGGGACCAUAUUCAAUUGAGGACAUGGGAAUGGGGGUUAUGUUAUUUUGCAUCCUGUAUUGUUGUGAUUCCUCCAUCUUGGUUCUUCCUUGUCCAAAAAAAAAAAAAUCCUGCCCUCGGAUUCCAAGAUUUGUAUGAUUGGUGAACCCAGGAAAAUAGCCACAUUCUGCACAAACACACACACACACACACACACACACACACGUACAAUAGUGCUGAUGGUUCAGAACAAUAACAUGGGGUAAGCAAUUGAUUUGCCAUUGUUGAAAACUGAUUUACAGUAACUUAAAACAACCACACUUUCGUUAGAUUAGUAAAUUGUGUAUUUAAACAAAUACCAUAUGUUAGGCAAUAGUUCAGAAGAACACCAUUUCCAAAGCAGUGAAGUGUUGCCUAAAACUUAUUCUUUGAAAAUCUUUUAUUUGUAAGGCAGAGUUAAAACAGAAUGAAUAUAAUCUAUGCGUGUGUGUAAAUAUAUGCCUAUUCGUAAUACGUGUUUCUAUGUAUGGGGAUGUGAGUGUGUGUACAUACACAAACUUUAAUAAGGAAGAUAAGGGAAAUUGGUGGUCCAUUUUUAAAGGGCAGAACCAUCAGAUUAACAUUUUUUUUAUUUUUACAAAGUCAUGUACCAGAAGGGCAGAACAAUCUUGACUGUGGUCUCUACCCAGCUCUACAGGGACAUACUUGCAGAAGAUUCCACUCUUCAGCAGUAACAUUUUCCUUUAUAAUCUGGGCAUCAUGAACAGUUCAGUCAAACAGGCAGUUUGAGGAGCCUUUCUAAAAGACACAUGCCAGGCUGGGGUGGGUGUAGGGGUGGGUGUGGGGGGUGGCAGUGACAUUUAUUGACAAUGAUGUGCAAUGAAGUGACAAGAUGAGAGCAGAAUGAAAAAGCUUUGAAUUUGAAGUGAUUUUUUUUCAUAAGUUAUUUAUUCCUUUUUCUUUGUAAAUAUAUUUAUUUUAUUGUGAAGCUAACAACAUCUGGAUUGUAACAUGUACAGAAUGUAUGGUAGGAAUGUAUUCUCUUGUAGGAAUGUAAAUCUGUAUUAAAAAAGGGGAUCAGAGCCAGACUCAGAAAAUGAACUGGGUUCUUUUCAUGGUAUGCACGGUUCACAUUUAUUUUUACUCUUUUCUAAUGUGGGUCUAUUUGAAAUAUGCAAAAGGUAUGGAUGAAGAUUGUUUUAAUCCCCCAAUUUUUAGGAAAAUCAAGCAUUUUAAAAGAUUUUUAAUCGCACUGCUUCCCCUUCAUCAAAGAAGGAGCAACCAAAUUGACAUGCUUGUUCAUGCCAAAGGGUCAGAAACAAGCCUCAAGUACACACACCUGAGUGUCUUUCUCAUUCACUAUCAGCUGAUGCAUUUAAAGACCGCAUUCCCUUGGGGUACCCUUGCUGCCCUGAGGUAGAGAAAGGAACAUUUCUUGAAGUAAAUAAACUCUGAAGAGCUGUAGUAUAUAGUGUUACAGAUCUUUUUUAAAGCUUAAAUUUAUGAACCACCUCUGUGGUAAGCAAUGAAUUAGAAAUACCCCAGGGCACCCUUCUUAAAUGACUAGUGAAAAAUGCUGAGCCCCCCCCCCACCUUUGUGAAGGAAUUGGGGGGGGUGGAUUCUGCUGUCUGUUCACAGCCUGGAUUGUUUCAAAAUGAUUGUUGCAAAUCUGACCUUUACACUGCCUGCCAAAAUUCAAAUCAUCACAUUCAAUGUUUUGGAUGAGAAACGGUUAAUUUCCUGCCACACUCGGGUACAUUGAUCCUAGAGAGGUUUGUGUGACCUACAUGCUUUCAGAAGGCUUUUGGUGCUUCUUAAAAUUGAAGCUGAGAGAUUCUUGAAAAUGAGCCAAUUUAAAAUUUUGCUGAAAACAAUAAAAUUAAUAAAGAUUCUGUACUUUGGGGAAGAAAACUAUUGAAGAUAAAUGUAAUCCAUACGUGUAAACAGCAAAGAUUCGGAAAAGGUGUAAAUAGUGUGAAAUGUUUGGUGUAUGGCUGUUGAGAAGGGCGUGUGGUCAAAAAGGAGGCUGUAAUUUCCCCCACAGACCUUAGAGCUGUGCCUUUUCUAUGCAAUAUUACAGACAUGUACAUCUGAACCCAGAUUACUGUAUUCACAUGUAGGUAUGGGCUGUAAUCUAAACAAUUGGAUAAAUGUACAUGGAAAUAAGCAGUCUUACUUUUGUAGUUUUAUAUUAUACAAUAAACAGUUAAAAGGAUAGAGUUAUGUUUGUGGAGUGUUGGAUUUUUUGCUUUUUCCGUCUGCAUGAGUUGUUGAAUAUGCCCUAUU